CACUACACCACUACUACCAUCACCACAACCACUACUACACUACCACCACUACUACUACACCACCACUACACCACCACCACUACUACUACCACCACUACACCACCACCACUACUACCAUCACCACAACCACUACACCACCACUACUACUACUGCUACUACACCACCGCUGCUACUACUACACCACCACUACUACUACACUACCACCACUACUACUGCUACUACACCACCGCUGCUACUACUACACCACCACCACUACACCAUCACCACUACACCACUACCACUACUACACCACAACCACUACCAUCACCACCACUACCAUCACCACCACUACCACCAGCACUACACCACCAGCACUACACCACCACCACUACUACCACUACACCACCACAACCACCACUACACCAUCACUGCACAACCACCACUACUACUACCACCACUACAUCACCAAUACCACUACACCACCAAUACCACUACUACACCACCACUGCCACUACUACCACCACCACUACUACCACUACCACCACCACUACUACCACCACCACUGCACCACUACCACCACCACUACAUCACCACCACUACACCACCACCACUGCACCACUACCACCACCACUGCAUCACCACCACUACUACCACCACCACUGCACCACUACCACCACCACUGCACCACUACCACCACCACUGCACCACUACCACCACCACCACCACACAGAGACAUCAUUGUGGUGGUGGUCACGGCAGCGGCUCCAUGCUGCUGACUAUCCCCGGCAAGGGGCCAUCGGCGCUUCCUUGUCCUUCGAACGCUCACGCUUGUCACAAUUAAAGCAACAACAACAGCAGCAACAACAACAGCAACAACAACAGCAACAACAACAGCAGCAACAACAACAACAACUACACAGCUAACAUAAGGACAGCAGCGACAAAGUGCCAGAUAACGGGCGGUGAGUGGUAUAAAGGACAUUGACAGUUUAGCCGUUCAUAAAGUCAACGUUUGCCGCAGUAGAGUUAAUGACUUUGGACGAUUUUAGGGUGAGGUUGGGUGUUGUCGACCUUACUACUGCAACAACCGCCACGACAACAACAACAACAACGGCGGUGGUGGUGGGACCUAUCAGCAGGAGGAAAGCCAAGGCAAGGAGAGCGAUGGGAAGCCGUUCCGUUCCCUCGGGGGGACCGCACGGAGUGGAUCCCGGCUCCGACUUUUGGCAUCACAUGGCGGAGAAACCCGAAGCACCAGUUGACUACGAAGACCGCGGUGGGCACGACAGCAGCAGCGACGACGUUGACACCGGCCACCGUGACGCCGUGGCAGAGCAGACGUCGGCGCCCGGGGGAGCCCAGGAGCCGCUGAACGCGGCUUGGAGCGCGGAGACGGAGGAGAUGGCCCCCGCAGACGCCAGCGACCGUGAGGAACUCAUCUCCGCUAGCGUAGGGCGGCACGUCACCGCCAGGCCCGCCGAGAGCCCGCCGGACCCGCCGGCAGGCCGCGCCGGCAGGGGGAGGCCCGCGCGGGCCUACCGCAGGCGGCGGACGGCGCGCGAGCGAAGCACCACGUGCGAGGAGUGCGGCAAGGAGUUCUCCAACGUGUCCAACCUCAACAAGCACCGCAAGUCGCACGCGCGCCGCCGCGCCGCGCCGCCCGUCCGCUCCGGAGACGGCGACGCCGUGGCAGAGCAGACGCCGGCGGACGGGGAGCUGCUGGACGUCACUUGGGGCGCGGAGACGGAGGAGUUGGCGCCCGCGGACGCCAGCGACCUCGCCGCCAGGCCUGCGGACAGCCCGCCGGACCCACCGGCAGGCCGCGCCGGCAGGGGGAAGCCCGGGCGGGCCUACCGCAGGCGGCGGACGGCCCGCGAGCGAAGCACCACCUGCGAGGAGUGCGGCAAGGAGUUCUCCAACGUGUCCAACCUCAACAAGCACCGCAAGUCGCACGCGCGCCGCCGCGCUGCGCCGCCCGUCCGCUACGGAGACGGCGACAACGGCGACAACGGCCACGACAACCACGACGACCGCGACGAUCGCGACGCCUGUGAACGUGACGCCGUGGCAGAGCAGACGCCGGCGCCCAGGGGAGCCGUGAGUCCCGAGGGCACCCAGGAGUCGCAGGGCGAGGAGCUGCUGGACGCGGCUUGGAGCGCGGAGACGGAGGAGAUGGCCCCCGCGGACGCCAGCGACCGUGAGGAACUCAUCUCCGCUAGCGUGGCGCGGCACGUCACCGCCAGACCCGCGGAGAGGCCGCCGGACCUGCCGGGGGUGGGGGCCUAUUUCGUCGGAGAGCGUCCCAAGCGUGCCUACCGCAAGCGUCGGACGCGCGAGCGCAGCACCACGUGCGACGAGUGCGGCAAAGGCUUCUCCAACGUCUCCAACCUCAACAAGCACCGCAAGUCGCACGCCGGCGAGCGCCCGCACGCGUGCGCGGACUGCGGCAAGCGCUUCAUGAGCCGCUCGGACCUGCGCAAGCACGAGGACACGCACACAGGCGCCCGCUCCAACGCUUGCGCGGACUGCGGCGCCACCUUCUCCAACCGCUCGAACCUGUGGAAGCACGAGCGCACGCACGCCGGCGCCCUGACCCAUGCCUGCGCCCACUGCGGCAAGUCCUUCCUGUGGACGUCGCAGCUGCGCCAGCACCUAAUGACUCACACGGGAGAGCGGCCGCACGUCUGCCCCGACUGCGGCCGACGCUUCGUGCAGCCGUGCAACCUGCGGGAGCACGCCAAGACGCACGCCGCCGCCGCCGCCGCUGGGCAAGGCGUCACCGGCGCCGCCGGCGCCAGCGACGCCGUCGAGGGGGACGGGGAGAACGCGGCGAGCGGCGGCGCCCACAGGCGUCUGCCCCACGCUUGCCCCGAGUGCGGCCGCCACUUCGCGACGGCGUCGGCGCUCGAGGCGCAUCUGCGGGCGCACGAGGUCGCGGCCACGGCCGCCGCCGCGGCGACGGUGCACGCUUGCGCCGAGUGCGGCAAGGUGUUCGCCGACGCCAAGGCGGUGCGGCGGCACCGGCUGACGCACUCGGGCGAGCGGCCGUACGCGUGCGGGGAGUGCGGCCGCACGUUCCCGCGCACCUGUAGCCUCCGCAAGCACCGGCGCACGCACGCCGGUCAGCGGUCGCAUGGUUGCCGCGAGUGCCGCCGCAAGUUUCCGAACGUCGCAGCGCUGCGGAAGCACCAGAAGACGGUGCACCGGGCGAGCGGAGGGACGGCGGCGGCGGCGCGGGGGGGAGCGCUGGGUUGCCAGGAAUGCGCCGAGGGCUUUGCGGACAUCGAGGACUUGCGCCGGCACGAGAUGACGCACACGCACGCUCGCGCCCGGCCCCACGUGUGCCAGGAGUGCGGCCGAAGUUUCUCGCUACUGGCCAGCUACAAGAAGCACUGCCACUCGCACGACACUGCCAAGUCCUAGAAAUCUUCUUGGUUCUUUCGGUAGAGUCACGUAGAAGGGA